GUCGUCACACGUGUGUUGAUGUUUUGUGGAAACUGGGAAGCUUGGGGAACGGGAGGAGGGAGACGGUUUGUUUUUGUUCUCCGAGCAUCAACCCAGAACUCAAUUUACAACAUAUAUUAGACGUUUUUGCCCUAUAUCUUGAAGUAAAGAUUACAAUAUUUGUACGGACACCUUGGAACUCUACAAACACGAACCAUAAUUUGAAAAGGAAGAAUCGCCACCCCUGACCCCCUCCCUAAAUAGAAAAUCAUGACAAUUCUUCCUAAGAAGAAACCGAACUCGUCGGUCGGUGUUUCGGACCAUUCCGACGAAGCUGAUAGGAGAACAGGAACGGACUCGCACCAACAUUCACACGGAGGCCGGUCAAGUACAAGGCCCAGGGCCUCCCCGCCACCUUGGUCGUAUCAAGCCGCUCCACCUUCAUCACGCGAGGACAGACGCAAUGAAUCCAGCUCGCGGCCGCAGCAGGCCUCCCCUCCUCCUGUAGGUUCAGGUUCUCCUGCCGUUCCUGUCGACGGAAGUAGCAUUGGUGGAAUAGCAUGUGUAGCAGGGGGACGUGGAGAACUGUCAGGUGGCGUAGGCUGUGGCAGUGGCCUCGGAAGUUGCUGUUCGGGUCCAGGUUUGAGUAAGAGACGACGGCAGGCAACCUGUUCCGGUGGGGUAGCUGGUGGUGGGACUCUUGGUGUUGCUGGUGGAGGCAGUGGCGGUCCAAGUCCUGACUCAGAAGAAGGUGCUGGUUACAACAGUGAAGAUGAAUAUGAGAAUGCAUCAAGACUACAGUCUAUGGACCCAGCGACAGUGGAACAGCAGGAGCACUGGUUUGAAAAAGCACUCAGGGAGAAGAAAGGUUUUGUUAUCAAAAAGAUGAAGGAGGACGGCGCAUGCCUCUUCAGAGCAGUCGCUGAUCAAGUGUAUGGAGACCAAGAUAUGCACGAAGUUGUUCGCAAGCACUGCAUGGAUUACUUGAUGAAAAAUGCAGACUACUUCUCAAAUUAUGUGACAGAAGACUUCACCACAUACAUAAACAGGAAGAGAAAAAACAACUGCCACGGGAACCACAUCGAAAUGCAGGCAAUGGCGGAGAUGUACAACCGACCGGUGGAAGUUUACCAGUAUGGCACAGAACCAAUCAACACGUUCCAUGGCAUUCAUCAGAACCACGAUGAGCCAAUCAGAGUUAGCUACCAUCGGAAUAUUCACUACAACUCUGUGGUGAACCCCAACAAAGCCACCAUUGGAGUUGGGCUCGGGCUUCCUGCCUUCAAACCAGGGUAUGCUGACACGUCGCUGAUGAAGAAUGCCAUCAAGACGUCGGAGGAGUCGUGGAUCGAGCAGCAGAUGCUGGAGGACAAGAAGAGGGCCACCGACUGGGAGGCCACCAACGAGGCCAUCGAGGAGCAGGUGGCGCGCGAGUCCUACCUGCAGUGGCUGCGGGACCAAGAGAAGCAGGCACGGCAGCCUCGUAAAGCCAGUGCCACCUGCAGCUCUGCCACGGCUGCAGCCUCCAGUGGCCUAGAAGAGUGGAGUGCCCGCUCUCCACGCCAACGAAGCUCCGCUCCCUCCCCAGAGAACCCCGACCCUCUCCACUCAGACACCGCUGCUAAGCCCCCCUCCCCGGCAGGAGCUGCCCUGGCCAUCUCCAAACCCCCCUCACCUUGCGCACCAGGUCCCAGUAACCAGGCGUGCGUCGGGCCAGACAGGCCCACUUCCUCCUCUCUGGUGUCCCUGUACCCAGCGCUGGGGUAUCGUGCCAUCAUGCAGGAAAUGUCACCCACUGCCUUUGGUUUGACAGACUGGGAAGAUGACGAGAUUUUGGCCUCCGUCUUGGCAGUUUCACAACAAGAGUACCUCGACAGCAUGAAGAAGAAUUCAAUGCAUAGAGAGCCCUCUCCGGACAACAGUUGAUGGAGAGGGCAGAACAUGGAGAGGGCAGAACAGGAGACCAAUCCUGUCUUUUCCUUCACUCGUUCUUUAUCUCCACCUUCACCUCUCCUCAUUACCAAUAAAGAUCCUUCAUUCUCGAA